AUGGAUUUGGAACAAAAUAAAAACUGUGGUAAAGAGCAACAAGAAAACAUCGUGAGUUACUAAUAUCUAAUUUUUAUUCAAAAACAUUUUCCAGAAAUUUCAAAAACUGAAAUUAUGGUUGAAAUACAUUGCUACAUUUGUAAUCAGUAAAGAGCAAAGAAAACAAGUUUAUUUCGGGAUCAACAAAAAAACAUGGAUGCAUUUACCAACUUUUAUAGUUUUAAUGACUAUUUUUCAGGUUAGUUUUCUUUUAUUUUUCCCAUAUUUGAAAUUCAGUUUACAUUUCAGUUAUCAAUAUAUACAUACUACGAAUUACAAGUUUUCUCUCUUCCAGCUAAUGAUCAAAUUAUGAUACAGAGGUAUUCACAUUCAUUAUUCAAAAAAGUAUUGAAGUUAUUUUUAGAAAUACUCAUCACUUUGGAAUAACAAUUUGGCGACUUUUCACUAAUGCAUUAAUUUAUUCUGGGAAAUAUCGUCUGUUGAAAAAUAUGAGUAUUCAAAUACUGUUUGGAAUUCCAUUAGAAAUAGCUUUCAGUGCUAUGCAUAUUAUUCCGCUUUACGUCGGUGGAAUACUGUUUACUGAUAUUUUUCUGAAAGCAGUAUGGGCGAGAUGGAUUGAUAAUAUUGGAUAUUCAAGCGGUGCUUUUGCUCUUGUUUUUGCUCAAAUAUCAAACCUCGUUGUGGUAAGAGCUAUUCAUUUUUUUAAACAUAGGAAAUGUAUUUUCAGAACAAUAAAGACAUACCUUUCUAUUUUGUUCAAUUGUUUUUCAUCUCCAUUUAUGUUAUCUCCGAGUUUGUAGAAAAUGUUUAUUAUAACGAUGGUACUCCAAAAAUAUACUGUGUUUAUAAUCUAUAUAUCUUCGCAGCAGUUUACGGUUUUAUAUAUGGUUUAUGCAUUAUAUGCUACAAAAAAGUGAGUUAUCUCAAGUUAAAAAUAUGUAAUAAAAAUUUCCAGAAAACUUCUCGUUGGAACACUGCUCGAGUAAUAAUAUUAUCCAUAUUCUUCUCGUGUUUGGCUGUUGCUAUUCUCAAAGUUUAUUUCGGAAACUAUAGGAAGUUUUUCGCAGAUCCUACUCCAAUUUUCCUUCAACAAAACCUUGCUUAG